AUGGGAAACGGCAAAACUUCGCAGUGGUCUCUUCCGAGCUGCCAGACUUCAGGCACGUUGACUCUAGGCGACCAGAUCCUCCAGGUCGACGAGGAACGCUCAAUGACCUGGUAUGACCGUCAGUACGGAUUUGGCGGAGUUGACAGCGAAUUUACCUGGUUUGGGGUUCAUUUCCCAAGUUCAGAAGUCAAGGCUAGCAUUUGGCUCUCCGAUAAUGAGGACCCAGUACAGCAUUUAAGAUUUGCAACUGUUCGCAUAGAAUACGGUUUGGAAAUAAUCAGAUUCGACGUAACAACCAAGCCGGAAAAUACGUGGACUUCUCCGAACUCCAAUUACACCUAG